AGAAGGGUAAUAUGGACGACGCGUGAUAAUUUAUCGAAUCUGCGCAGCUGUUUUAGUAGGAUUGUUUUUGUUAUCGUGUCUUUUAAAAUAGGACUACUGGUUACUGCGACUUUUGAGCUGGUUUGCAAAACUGCAUUGUUCCAAACAGUGACGACGAUUUUGUGGCCAGCUAGCUGUUGUGACCGAUUCGUUUGAAGAGCGACACCUGAACACAAUGGAAGAGGCUGGAUCGGAGAUCCUCGCCCACAAAUCCGCUGUUUUGACCGAGCUGUGCAGCAUCUUGACCUGCACGGAGAGUCUGUGAGUCUACCUUUACAAGUAAAGGAGCUGCAGGUACUGGUAGCCCUCACCGAUCCGGAGAGAGGGAGACUGUUGCAGUCGCAGGUUAACGCUAUUAACUCCGUAGGUGUGUGGAAGUCCCUGUUCUCCGCCGCAGAGUCGGAGGCCGACAGUUAGGCCAUGCGUGAGCCGGAGGAUCACAGGGGCGCCCCCCUUGGCAGGCUGGCAAACAGUGACGCCGUGGAGAUCCCUGACGACUGUGUCUCCCUGAGUGACUCUGACCCCGAGGAUUCUGGUGCACUUUAUGACGCCGAGGUGGAAGACCUGUCCCCCGGCAGGGAGGGGUCCCCUGACGGCAGAGAUGCUAGGGACCAUCCCUCCGCCCCCACCCCCCCAGAGCCCUCCUUCCAGCUGAAGGGCGGGAGCGCCGGGUUCUCCUCCCGCAGCCAGAGCAUCUUCCAUGGUCUGGAAAGCGCCGCAAAGCUGUCCUCCCCCCAUCUGGGCGAGGACAAUCUCAUUGAUGGGCCCUUUGUGCGUCCCAUGCUGCCCCACGGGGAGAAGGAGAGGGGGGUAGCACCCAGCAGGAACACCCUGUCAUCGUCGUCCAGGGGCAUGCCAGACUACCUGGCCCACCCUGAGCGUUGGACCAGGUACAGCCUGGAGGAUGUGCCAGAUGUCAGUAACAGCAAGAACAGCCUGGUGGCCCACGAGUACAUUCAGGGCCUGCAGCAGAGGAAGGUCAGGUCCAUGGUCCCCUCCCAGGAACCCUUUACCCCCGCCUUCAACCAGGACCACUCCAGCAGCUCAGAUGGCAAGAUACUCUUUUCCAGGCCCAGCCGGAAGGGGGAGGGUGUGGCAGGGGAUGGGUUGGUGGUGGGAGGGGCCGGGGAGGCCCACGCCCCUGAGGAAGCCAGGAAGAAGGAAGUGGGGUUGCGCCACCUGGACGAGACCGAAGAGGAGGCAAAGGUUGUGCAGUCCCCUGCAAGUGAGGCCAAGAGGAAGUUCGAGUCAGACGAGGGUGACAAGGACUCAAAAGUAGGAUUCAAAAGCAGCCGGAAGGUCAACCGCAAGCACUUUCGCAGGGUCUCGGAACACGAGGACGACUGAAAACGUCACUGGGUCAGGGUGGAUGUGUGCAAAUGGAACCAGAACCUUUUUAAACCAGUUUUUUGUCCAGUUCCCCUGAUUUCUGCCCUCAGUUUCACAGGACUGUAGUUAAUUUCCCCAGCUCUCCUCACAUUUGGAACAGGGUUAGGCAUUGCCAUUGCUUACGUUGCAGCGGGUGGUGCCUCAAACAGGUGGAACUGUUUAUCUCUGUCUUUCAUUAUGUGCAGUUUGUUUGUUCCUGAAUAAUCCAAGUGUGUGCAUUUUUUCCUAGUCAUGCUGCACAUAUUUAAAACUUAAAGCAAUACCUAUGUAGAGGUAAAUGUUUUUGUAAUUAAUUUGGAGAGUAGAUGAUUUUCGCAAUAUGGUAGUGCGUACCAUUUUGGUGUGAUUUUCAGUAUAUGUUUGAUUAAUGGCUAUUGUAGAAAACAGAUCUGUCUCACAAUAAACAUUUGCAAGUGUUA